AUGUUGAUAGACGGCGAGAAGUACGCUUGCGAGGCUUGCGUUCGCGGCCAUCGUGUAAGCAAUUGUCAACAUGCUGAUCGCCCACUCCAACACAUCAACAAGAAGGGUCGCCCAGUGUCGCAAUGUCACCACUGUCGCACCAUGCGCAAGUCUCGCUCAGCUCACAUCAAGUGUGACUGCGGCGAGAAAACGAGCAAGUGUGCUCACUUACAACAACCGGUUGAUGGACAUAAGGAGACAUGUUGUUGCAACCAUGGGGCACGCUGCACCUGCGCUCACAAAAAAGAGCCGUCUCUGGACACGGUUCCGGAAGCUGAAUCGGAUCGUGGCCCUCAUGCGGCCGCCGCAACUCGACCAAAAGCGCCGUCUAGACGUCGCCGAGCGAACACGGUUCACUCGGAUGGCCUCAUGGCCUUUGACCAGAACGGCAAUCACAAGCCUGCCACGAAGCAUAACAGAGCGGCUCACAAGUGCGGCCCGUAUCAGCUCAAUCGCGUCAACUCGACAAACAGCACCAGCAGCCUCGGAGCCAGCUCCGAAGGCAUGUUGUAUCAGGAUUCCCGGGCUCCAGAUUCUUUCAGCAACCGUUCCAGAGUGGCCAUUGGCUGCGACCGGCGUCGCGUCAGGUCGGAAACAGCUUCGCCAUUGUUGUCGGGAGGCAGCUUGGCCCACCUGCCGGGCAGGCUGCCCCCGUUGGAUCUUACAGCACUCGAGUAUCCGUCCUAUGUCAGCAAUGACACGUUUGAGAUGUUUGGAUCUGGCGUGCCUUCGGAAGUUGACGGGCCGAUCUUUAGCGCCGGCCUCAGCGCAGCUUCUGUGGACUGGAGCCACUAUGACCUGGCUGAAGCUAAGCGGGAGAACUUUGCUCCGUCCAGCUACAGCCAGGCCGGCGCGCAUAGCUUCAACGGUGUGUUCGACUUUGGGAGCGGAUCUGAACAGCUGCCUCGCCUCGCCAACACAACGUCAACAUCUGGAGAGGUGUCGGAAGUGGAGGAAUUCAUGGGCAACGGAGAUGGCGACGUCGACAGCGGGCUUGGCACGGGCAGCUUCCUUCGUCCGGCAAACGUCGUUGGCAGCGCCACGGAUCUGACAAGUAUCGACUACGACAGCUUUUACAGCAAGAGCUCGGAUAACAACGUGGCCGUGGGCACCAUCUCCAUGGUGGAAGAAGAUGCCGCGUUUUGGAUGCCAAACUACAACGAAGGCAUCGCAACAAUGGCCGAAAGCCCCGACCAAAUGACUGCGACGUCUGUGGGCCCGUUUUGGGAACUCUGA